AUGGCCCCCCGGCCCCGCCGUCCACUAGGCGGGACGCCUCCGGGGGCGGGGACUGCGGGCGCGGGCUCGCGCCCGCCCAGCGCAUCUCGCCUUCCGCUCGCCCUGUGGCGGCGUGUUGAAGCGGCGCGGAGCAGCUGGCCGGGUCGUGGACAAAAGGAAGACAAGGCCGCGCCUUCAGCUGAACCGCUCACGGGACGCGCCAGCUCUUGGCUGCACCCACGCUGCCAGGCCCGCCCCUUCCCGGACGCUAACACCAAUGAGGAGGCGACACUUCUGAUGAAUUGUCAGAAGCAAAAGUGGGCUGUGGAUCCAAGAAAUACUACUUGGAGUAAUAGUGAUUCCAAGUUUGGCCAUAAAAUGCUGGAGAAGAUGGAGUGGUCUAAAGGAAAGGCCUUAGAAGCUCAGAAGAAAAAAGCCACGGAUCAUAUAAAAGUUCAAGUAAAAAAUAACCACCUGGGACUUGGAGCUACAGUCAAUGAUGAAGACAACUGCACUGUUCAUCAAGAUGAUUUUAACCAGAUUCUGGCUGAAUUGAACACUUGCUAUGACCAGGAAACAUGAGACUCCUCAGACAAUAAAGCGAAGAAAUCUUUUAUCCUUGAAAAAAAGCCUGAAGUUUUAAAAAAUUUUUAUUAUAUGAAAUUUACAAAAGGGAAAGACCUGUCAUCUCUGAGCGAAACAGAUCUUGAUUGCAUUUUUGGGAAAAGACAGAAUAAGAAGACUCUUGAGGAUGACCCUAGCACUACUCCUCCAGAAGAGAAUGGAAGUUCAACUGGUAGCAGGUCAACCAUCCAAGAGGAUGGCAGAGCUGAAGAACAAGAAGAACACGUGAAGAACCAUCAUCCACCUUCCCCCUCUACAGUUCCCUCGGGCAAGUCCCUGUCAUUCAGUGAUGAGGGCCCCAGUGGCCGUUCCACCCUCUCCGACAAGAAGCUGUCUCACCACCUACAGGACACCAUCAAGCAUCGCAUCUUCUACCUCUCAGAGCAGCUGCGGGUGGAGCAGGUCAAGAAGGAUAAGAACACCAUGGGCUACCUCUCCCUGGUGUCCACGGCAGACCAGCACAAGGCCGCACACAUUCGACAGGCCUUCGAGAAGGUGAACCAGCGCACCUCUGCGAACAUCGCCCACAUAGAAAGGAAGCUCCGCCGCUGUUACCAGCAGCUCCAAGAGCUGGAGGAGACUGGCCAGCCUAAGGCCGUAGUGGUGAAAGCUGAACGCACCCUGGGCAGUUGUGAACAGCCAAGCGACCGGGCCCCUCCGUCCUUAGAGACCCCCAAAUCAGGGGGACAGGAUCACCUAGCCCCUAGGCUCAUCACUUCAAGAAAGUUUCUGAAGACAAAACUGGCAGCCCUGAAGGAUGAGCUCCGGGAGGUCAAAAGCCUGCACCUCCACCUCCAGGAGUCCUGCGCGAGCCUCAAGGAGCGGCACUGGGCAGACCUGCAGGUGACGAUGGAGGCCUGGCAGGAGAAGAGGAGCAGACAGCAGAUGAUGGAUGAGCAGAUGGAUGAGCACCUGCAGGGGUACAUGGAUGAGAUCUCCUGCCUCAAACGGAAUCUGGCCUGCACUCAAGAAAAAAUGGCCUUCUUGUCCUAUGAGAGAGCCAAGGAAAUAUGGGAGGUCCUGGGAACUUUCAGGAGCCGGAUAGCAAAGCUGGAAACUUUGCAACAAGCAGCCCAAGUAGAGAUAAUGGAGAAGCUCAGAACCCGCCCACAUGAGUUCCUACUCAAGUUCAUUAGCUUGAUCCUCACCUUGACCACCAUCCUCCUGUUCUUCAUUUCCUCCCUGUGUGCCUGUCCCCGGCCCUUUGUAAAGACACCUCUGCGCACAUGCAUCUCCCUUGUGCUUAUAGGUCUCGGAGUGUUAGCCUGGCAGAAGAGGCAUGCCAUCUCCACCACCCAAUGGCAGGUCUGGAUCACCUCUAAGUGGAACGUCUUUGCCAGGGAUCCCAGGCCUCUGCCAGGGGAAACAUAG